UGCGUUAGCUCCACGUGAAUUUUCACUACUUAAGCUCCUCAGAUCGAUCCUCUUGAUUCAUUCCGCUACACAGGAAGCAAGGAAAACCCACUGUUCUCUCUACUGAAGCUACAAGGACAUCAUCAUCAUACAAUGUCAAAACCCUCGUCCCACGCUGAAGAUUUAUAUCUCUCAUCCUCCACGGAGGAAGAUUCGUCGGCACCGCCGCCGCCACCGCCGAAGGUUGACGUGAUCGACAAAAAGAAAAAAUCCAAGCCGCCGACAUCGACGAGCUCGAGCAAGAGGUCAAAACGUUCGUCCCAUACCGAUUCGUAUCUCUCAUCCUCCACUGAGGAAGAUUUGCCAGCACCGCCACCGCUACCACCGAAGGCUGACGCGGUCGAAAAAAAGAAAAAAUCCAAGCCAUCGACAUCGUCAGCAAGCUCGAGCAAGAGGGUCAGAAUAGCUCCUGUGAAGCCGCGGCACGGCACUGCAGCGGAACUAUUCGGUGCCGAUAGCGAUGACGAGGGAUUAGAAGCGAACCAACCUGCAGGGGAGGGUAAAUUAUUAUCGUACAUUUCACGACGACUUGCGAACGGUUUUGCUCGUCAGACAAAUCCUGAUAAAAAGGGCACCCACUUUGUUGAGGUCAAAGUGUAUAAAUGCGAUGAUAUUGAAAAGGUGACACCAGUAAAUCGAUGGCGUCAUGCUGUAGUAAAUAUUAAAAACCGAACCGAUGAUAAUACUGAAGCUUGGAGACACUUGGCUAAUUUUAUUCACGCAACGCGAAAGGAAUACCGAACAUGUGCGCCGUCAUUUGUUAGCAAUUAUUAUUGA